AGUGUAAACAAAUUAAUGAUAAUUGCCUGCACACAUAAACUUAUUAUGCGAAUAGAUAAAUAACUCGGCAUUUCAUUAAUUAUGUAUCAGAAAUUGGAUGAAUCAAAGUCUACGUCUCUCUUGGGCAAAUAUAUUAAGGUGUUCCUAGUGGUAACCUUAUAUUGGAUUAUUUCAAUUCUAACAGUGUUUGUUAAUAAGCAUCUACUUAGCAGUGAUACCGUAAGCUUAGAAGCUCCACUUUUUGUGACAUGGUUUCAAUGUGUUGUUAGCGCUGUCAUUUGCUUUAUUGCCAGUCUUUUGGGAAGACAUUUUCCUUCCUUGGUUAAUUUUCCUGAAGGUAAUCCAUUAGAUACAAGCACUUUUCGCAAGAUGAUGCCUUUAUCGGUGUUGUUUAUCUUAACAGUAGGUGCGAACAAUUUAUGUUUAAAAUAUGUUGGUGUGGCUUUCUACUAUGUUGGCCGUUCUUUAACCACCGUUUUCAAUAUGGUAUUUACUUACGUUUUAUUGCGGCAAAAGACAAGUACACCAAGCAUUUUAUGUUGUUUGCUAAUAGUGGCUGGCUUUAUGUUGGGAGUUAAUCAAGAGAGUCAAACUCUUACAUUUUCUUUACAAGGAACAAUUUUUGGUAUCCUAGGAUCAUUGGCUUUGGCCUUAUAUUCGAUACAAACUAAAAAAAGUCUCCAAUAUGUUAAUCAGGAGGUGUGGCUUUUAAGUUACUAUAACAAUUUGUAUUCAUCACUAUUAUUUCUACCCUUAAUUAUACUUAAUGGUGAACUGGAAGCAAUUAUAACGUAUAAGUCAUUAUAUGAAUUUUGGUUCAUAUUCAUAAUGCUGGCAGGUGGUUUAUGUGGUUUUGCAAUUGGCUUUGUAACUACUUUACAGAUAAAGGUCACGUCACCUUUAACGCACACUAUUUCAGGUACAGCUAAAGCUUGUGCACAAACGGUGCUAGCAACGCAUUGGUAUCAAGACAAAAAGUCAUUUCUUUGGUGGACUUCCAAUGCAAUUGUACUGUUGGCAAGUGCAGCUUACACCAAAGUUAAGCAGCUAGAAAUGCAACGCCAACAUCGUUCUUCAGCGGCAUUUUCACCAUUAGAUAAGAGGGUGAUUCAGGCAAAACGAUAAAAAGUAUUAAUGAAAGGCAACGGAGAACUCCGCAUAGAUAAAAUCCCGAAACGAAAAUUCCGAAUACAACUGCCAUUUGAAAAAUGUUUACUGAAACAGGCGACAUACAUAUUAAGCAUAAAAUAUUGCGAUUGGACCUAUAGGUAAAUAAUAUGCAACCAAAACUUAGGUCGUUUCUUAUGAUUUGCCCACCACCUUCCAUAUAUUUGAGAUCAAUUUCCAAAAUACUAUUUGGUCCUGACAUUCCUUGUGUUGUUGUCUAUCCAUUUCAAAUUAAGCUCAGUAAGAAGAGGCAAUGCUCGCAAUAUUGGCCGUACUAACCCAUUCACCGGUACAAUUUUGUGGUAGCGUGCAACAAGAUUUUACGUAUUCUGCUUUAACGGGCGUAAGAUUUAAACGUUUCGGCGAGUUUUUCGACAUCUUCAGAGUGUUACAUUCAGCGGUUAUAGACACACCCAUAUAUAAAUCAUCUAUUCAAGUUUUAAGGAAACACCGAUAUUUCUCAUUUUUCUGCAACUCCUUCGUCUUAGUCCCAGCAAAGUAGAGGUUUUGAUCCACAAACCAAUCACUUAAGCAAUUAUACCCUUCUCGAAGUUCACAGUUUGGAAAACUCCUUUUGAAAAAUUAUGUACAUUUUUGUUUCAUAAUUGGAAAGAAGUAUAACUUUCUCUCGAUUCUACUACCGUCUUCGAAUUACCAUUCUCAAGUAAAGUGGCAAGCCGUACCAUCAUAACACUAUAACCACAAUGUCUUCAACACACCUAAAUCGUCCACGUUUGACGACCCUUGUCGGGAUAAUAUGUGAAGCAGAUGAGAAAAUUAAGGUUGCGAGGUCUGACUAAUUAUUUAUACAAAAAGAAAAGGUUAAAAAAUAUUUAUUUUUUUUCGUAAUGAUCGGGAAAGUUUAAUUGCUUGUGAGUACAUUACGAGUAAACAUCACACAUUGGAAUAACACCCCAUAUAAACGUAGAUUUAUGCACUCGUCUAAUUGUAGACCUAUAUAUGUAGCUAUAAAAAAUUCUGAUGGCUUAGUUCAAGAACCAAUCAAGUACACCA